GCGGAACUUUUCAGAAAUUUCAAGAUUUCGAGAUCAGAGUCAUGGAUUGGCUGUUGUGUGGGAGGGAAUCUCAGCGAUUGGCGCAAAUCCCUCCUACGUUAUGCGGAAAUCAACAACUGUGGCCAAUAGCAGAUGGCAACGAGCUCUCGGACUCGCGCUAAAAUUCCGAUUAUUUGUUUGCAGUAUAUUCGAUUCCUAACCCCAGACCUGUCGAGUCGCAACAACGUGAUCGAAACCGGCUUGUUCUUUUUACAAAUAUCUUCAAAUUUAUAACAUAAACCAUGCCCCUGACCAGCAUUAUCAACAAGGAAAACAUCGUUUCUGGCAUCGAAAAUGUUUCUUUGAAAGAAAAGAUCAAUGACAACAAAAUUACAAAGAAGCAGCAGAAGGCGAAGAAUUUCGAUCCUCAGCUGGAGCCCCUGCUCAGGGACAAUCCCAGGCGUUUUGUCAUCUUCCCCAUUCAAUACCCUGAUAUCUGGGAGAUGUACAAGAAGGCCGAGGCUUCUAUUUGGACCGCUGAGGAAGUAGAUUUGUCCAAGGAUUUGAAAGACUGGAGUGAGCUGACCAACGAGGAACGUAAGUUCAUCUCGCACGUUCUGGCAUUCUUUGCCGCCUCCGACGGCAUUGUGAACGAAAACCUGGUAGAGCGUUUCAACCAGGAAGUGCAGGUUGCAGAGGCCAGAUGCUUCUAUGGCUUUCAAAUCGCCAUGGAAAACAUCCAUUCAGAAAUGUACAGUCUUCUGAUUGACACCUACGUCUCUGACCCCAACGAAAAGGAAUACUUGUUUAACGCCAUUGAGACGAUGCCACCAGUGAAGAGGAAGGCCGACUGGGCAUUGAAUUGGAUUGGCAACAAGACUGCCACCUAUGGAGAACGAGUUGUCGCCUUUGCUGCUGUGGAAGGAAUCUUCUUCUCAGGCAGUUUUGCCUCCAUUUUCUGGCUUAAGAAGCGAGGGCUCAUGCCUGGCCUCACUUUCAGCAAUGAACUAAUCUCUAGAGAUGAGGGCCUGCAUUGUGAUUUCGCUUGCCUCAUGUUCAAACACCUGGUGCAGAAGCCAUCUGUCGAGGAAGUAACCAAAAUUAUAACUGACGCUGUUGUUAUUGAGCAAGAGUUCCUCACUGAAGCUCUUCCAGUCGCCAUGAUUGGCAUGAAUUGUGAUUUGAUGAAACAGUACAUUGAAUUUGUGGCUGAUAGACUCCUUGUUGAGCUUGGCUGCCCGAAGGUGUAUAAAAAGGAGAACCCGUUCGACUUCAUGGAGCAUAUCUCAUUGGAAGGCAAGUCCAACUUUUUUGAGAAGAAGGUCGGCGAGUAUCAGCGACUUGGAGUCAAGAACCAGAACAAGGACGAUCAUCUUUUCACUUUGGAAGCGGAUUUCUGAUGAGCAUCAUUGGUGACGUACCUCUUAAGGCUUAGACUUGAUAUCAUUGACUUGACUACUUGAAUAGUGUGCUUUAAACCAAAAGGUCUCAUCAUUUUAUAAUUUAAAACUUAAAAGUAUUUUUAUUGUAAAAAACGAUAGAUAUUUGUAAACAAAUAAUGUGUACUUGCUUUGCACAAAAAAUAAAAAAAAUUCUUGUCGUGUAAAUUA